UGGCGAGAUAACCUAAUUUUUGACCAGUUUUAAUUAAACGUGUCGAUGAUACACGUUCUACUCUACGUGUGGUAUGAUUUUAUUGAAAUCUUGUUAAAAAAAAAAUAUUAUAAUAUUGUUGAGAAAUAUUUAACUUAUACGAAUAAUUUUGGACUAUACAAGAAUGGCCUGUAUUUUGAACAAAGCCCCCAUUUUGUGCCGAACUACUUUUUACAGGAACAUAAUUUUUGGAUCUGUAACUAAAGUCACAAGAAAUUAUCAUCAGCAUUACACUAAUAGGACAAAUAUCAUUGCAGAACGGAACUUUAGACUUAAGGACAAUAUAAGCAGUGAUUACAAAAUCAUAUAUAGAGAGCAAAGAAUUAUCAAUAUAAUUACUACUAUUGCAUUUUAUGGUGGAUGCGUAGGUGUUAUUUUUAGUGUGUGUCUUGCAGGAUAUAUAAUUUAUGUAAAUCCACCAGUGGAAGAAGAAGUGAAAACAACAUUUAGCAAUGGUGGUAUGAUAAAGCCUCUAAGUAAACUUGGUAGGGUAGGCAUAAUACUCUUUACUUUUGCCAUAUCUAUCUCACUUAUAUUAUGUAGUAGAAUGAUUCCAUUUAGAAUUUAUCAUAACCCUGUAGAGAAAUUAUACAAAGCAGUGUUCGUGCCUUCGAUAUUGGGUAAAAAACAAAUAGUAACAUUCGGCGAAGGCACUGCUGUGCCGAAAUUUAAGCGUAAACAUACAGGGGAUGUAUUAUUUAAUAUUAAUGGUCGUACUGUUUUACUCGAUAAAGAAUGUUUUCCAGUACCAUAUGUGCGUGAACGAAUGAUCUGCAAAACUGUAUAGAAUUGUUCAUGUAUUAUAUUUAAUUGCUAUUUAUAUUGUAUCUUGGUUUCUUCUAUCUAUUGCACAGAAAUGUUCCUAAUAUAUUAUCCGUUUAUUCUAUACAUUAGGUAUUGUUAUAAACAGUUAAAAGUUAACUUUAACUAAUAUAUAAAUAAUCAUAUACUAAUUACACAUAUUCUUCAUAAAAUAUAUAUAAAAUUAAAAUCGAAUUUUUUUUCUCAAUUUUUUAAAUUCUUUAAAUUCGUUUUGUGUAUUGUAAAUAUUGUAUUUCCUAAUUCUUCCAC